AAUUCACAUUCCCUCAUUACAAAGCUAGUGUGCCACAUCGCCAUAUAUCGUCUUCUUGACAGUAUCUUUGAGGGCAGGAAUUUUAGUACAUCUGCUGCAGAAAGGGAAGAAACUGUUGAGGAUUGACAAGGCAGAUAAGCAGCAACUAUGGUAACCUGCCCUUGCUAACGUUUUAAUAACAGAAGAGAAAGUCGGAAAUAGAAUUCAAAAGUGAAUCCCGGAAAUUGCUAAGCAUAAUGUUAUGGAUGUGAGGUGUUGCGGCGAUCUUUCACUCUUUUUUAGUUAAAUGUCUGAAUUCAUUGACAUUCUGAAAUACGCAGCCAGUCUACAAGCUUGAAGUUCUUAAUCGAAUCUGUGUUGGACUUGAAAUAUCAGAAGACUUCCAAGGUACUCUGUAAGGAUCACUCAGUAAGCAAGUGUAUAAGUUGGUCAUUGCAAUGGGAAAAAUAUGGAGGUAGAAAAAAUGAAGACAUUUGGACCAUUGGAUAUUUGAAAAUGUUCUAAAUGCUAUGUUUUUGUUUUGUUUUGUUACUUCACCCACCUGCAGGUAACCCUUCAUACUCUGCAUUAUAUUGAUACUUAACUCCUUAGUGCUAUCUCUGUGUCUCUGUUUUCUCUGUCUGUCACUCUUCCCCUCUCUCUCUCUCUCUCUCUCUCUGUCUCUCCCAUCAGUGACUCUCCCCCUCUCUCUCUCUCUCUCCCUUUCCUCUCGCUCUUUCUGUCUGAUAUGGGUCUCUGGAGCCAGCUGAGUCAUAAGGACCCCAUAAUUUGAACUCGCAGAAACUGAUGAUGUGCACAGCAUAACUCUGAAGCGUCAGAUGGAUUGACCAUAGCUCAAACAUUAAAGGAUAUAGUUUAUGGAUUAAACAAGCACAACUUCUAUUGCUGCAGAAAUAUGAGAAACUAUUUUACCUGGCAACAGUACAACCGCUUCUGAAAGUACCCUAGCUAUCUAUAUUUUUUGUGCCGCGGAUCGCCUGUGUAAUGGCUUUUAGAGCUAAAAAAACUGCACUUUUCCAAACCACCACAUCUGCUGUCAGAAACAGAUGUUAAUACUCCAGACUUGGUAUGAUAGCUGGAAUUAUGACCUUUGGCAAAACGGCGUAUAUUAUGUGGAUCUAUUAGCCUCCCUCGCUUUCCUUUGCUGUUAAUAAGACGGCAUUGCUGUGGAUCUAUGUAUGUCUCAUUUUGCUUUAACCUACAAUUAUCCACACCGAAGUCUUUAUUUUCAGACAUGUCUUCUGGAUUAUGGAACCUAUAACACUGAGAUGCGUUGAUCUUAAUGUUCACUCUUUCUCGUUUCAUAUAUGUAGCCUGUAUUGAUAUACAAGUACUAAUAUGUGUGUGUAUGGGAGGUCGCACCUGCGUGUUUACUCGGACAUAGAGUUAAUAUAUUCUUUUUAACCAUAUCCAUAAGGCUAUUAAAAUGCUGCAGUUUGCCCGUAACCUCCGAUAAGGGCCCAAGGAAACCUGUGCUCCUUUUGUGCCAGGAGUGGUCUGGUAGACACUACACUUUCUUUAUCAUUUACACCUGAAAUUAAUAACUCAGGAGGACUGAAAGAGUACCAGUGCUGCCAGGGUAAACACCAGUUACCUUUUGACUGCGAUCCUCCUUGGGACUAUUUUAAGAAGACCAACAGCUGAUGGUUGAGAAUUAAGGAGACCUCCAGACUGCUUCCCUUCGGUGGAGCUGUCCAGUGCUGAAACGACGAUUCUGCCAGACGAAAUACUUCAGCUAUUUAAUGAUGCAAGUAAGGAAUGAAAGAUAAAUACGAACUUCAUAGUACCAACCUUUUUACAAUCUAGACGAAAGACACCCUAUUGUGAAAUGCUGCCUGCUAUUUAAGUGACUGAUGAGUAAACAACGCAAAAAGAGACUGUGCAGAAAUCAGUCGACGCCAGACCUAAAGGAUCCAAUUAUGAGGUCAAAUACUGUGGCCUACAUGUGAGGAUACAUAUUGAAAGCUCAUUAUCAUUUGAAUAUGUGUCGUGUUUCACUUCAGUAAGCUCGAUAAACUAAUGGCGCUACCUGGCAGUACCCUUUCACCACCAGAAAAAGAUGUAGUAAGUAAUUUCAAAUUUGAAUGGAUCUGAAAAAAUUGAAUCUGAUCAUAGAUUGGCAGGAUUCAUGGAACAUUGCUGACACCUAGUAUUUUUCCUAAAUGAGACCUACAUAAGCAUGGUGCCAGAAGGGAGCAGUUUCAUGUUGGAUGUGUAUAGAUUAUAUCUGAGGACUGCCACGAGAGUUCCAGCACACUAAGCCAUUAUACCAUGGAAAGGUUGGUUGUAUGUAUGCUGAUGCUCACCAUGUCAGUGAGAAGUCAAGUUUGCCCAAAGCGAUGUGUAUGCCAGAACCUGUCUCCAUCCCUUGCCAUUCUCUGUGACAAGACUGGUUUAUUGUUUGUGCCAACGGUCAUUGACCGGAAAACUGUAGAGCUAAGACUAACAGAUAAUUUCAUUACUUCUGUGAAGCGGAAAGACUUUACCAACAUGACCAGCCUCCUACAGCUAACAUUAUCAAGAAACACCAUUAGUCAAAUCAUGCCUUAUACAUUUGCAGACUUGAAAGGAUUACGGGCCUUGCAUUUGGAUAAUAACAGGCUGGUGUCUAUAGGUGAUGAUCAUUUUAGAGGAUUAAUGAAUCUGCGGCAUUUAAUUUUAAGUAACAACCAAUUACAAUAUAUUUCUCCUGGAGCAUUUGAUAACUUUAUUAGUACAUUGGAAGACCUAGAUUUAUCAUAUAACAAUUUAGUUAACAUUCCAUGGGAAACCAUAGGGAGGUUGACAAAUGUCAACACACUAAACAUGGACCAUAAUCUUAUUGAACAUGUCUCUGAAGGAGUUUUCUCCAACCUCCUCAAACUUGCUCGAUUGGAUAUGACAUCCAACAAACUCAAGAAAAUUCCCCCUGAUCCACUUUUUAUGAGGAUCCCUGUUUAUGCUAAAUCCAAAGGAUCUCCAACAUCUUCAUUGGUUCUCAGCUUUGGUGGAAACCCAUUACACUGUAACUGUGAAUUGCUUUGGCUUAGGAGGCUGACGAGAGAAGAUGAUCUUGAAACAUGUGCUUCACCUCCAGAUCUAUUUGCUAAAUACUUCUGGACUAUACCAGAGGAUGAGUUUGUCUGUGACCCUCCAAUUAUUACACGGCAUUCAAAUAAUAUUGUUGUGAUGGAAGGGGAAGGAGCAUCUCUCAAGUGUAAAGCAAUCGGAGAUCCAGCUCCAAGUAUCCACUGGGUGUCACCAGAGGGUAAGCUAGUAUCUAACUCAUCCAGAACGGUCUCCUUUGAAAAUGGUACUCUUGAGCUCCACAUCUCCACAGUUAAAGACAAUGGAGCUUUCACCUGCAUUGCUUCAAAUGCUGCUGGUGAAGCUACAGCUAAUGUUGACUUAACUGUGAAUCCUCUCCCACACCUUGCAAAUCGCACAAAUCUUGUCAAAGAACCUGAAACAGGACCCUCCGAUAUUCUUACUCCAGUCAAGUCAGGACCACCCCCAAAUGCAAAUGAGACUAAAGUGCAGCCAAACAAGAAAGUUGUUGCAGCAGAGUUAACAUCUACCACAGCUCUAAUUCGCUGGCAUCAGGAUCGACACAUUCCUGGGAUCCGUAUGUUUCAAAUACAGUAUAAUAGUUCAUCUGAUGAUACACUGGUAUAUAGGAUGGUUCCAUCUGGCAGUAAAGCCUUUCUUGUCAAAGACCUUGUAUCAGGAAGAGAGUAUGACCUUUGUGUCCUCGCAGUCUAUGAUGAUGGAAUCACCACCCUAACUGCUACUAGGAGCAUUGGUUGUGUGCAGUUCACAACAGAGCAGGAAUAUAGUCAGUGUCAGUCUAUCCACACCCAUUUCCUAGGCGGUACAAUGAUAAUUAUCAUUGGUGGGAUUAUCGUUGCAUCUGUUCUUGUCUUCAUCAUUAUCCUCAUGAUCAGGUACAAAGUCUACAGUCAGCACGGGGAAAGUCAGAAAGCAAAAGUCAGCAACGUCUACUCUCAGACCAAUGGAAACCAAUUGACAUCAACAGUGCCUCAUUCAACUUCAAAAACACAAGAGAGUCAAGAUGGCCGUACAGAAGACACCUCAGGGAGAUCCACCAAUGAUGAUGCCAUGGUUACCUUAACAAUUGACUGUGAAAAAGUUACUGUAACACAGAUUUCAGAACUGACAGCAGAUGAUAUCUUAUCUCCUAGAAAAAGACAAAGACCAAGGACUAGUAUAGAACUGCAAAAAGAAAGUACUUUGUCACAUACAGACUCCACAACAGAAGAGCAAGAUACAAAGAUCCCACAGACUGAUUCAGAAAAGCGGAUAUCCAGUGAAUGGAGUAAGAUAUGAUGAUGACUUACACAGUGGGAGGAAAACAGCCAUGAGUAUAGGAGUGUUCCAAGUUACAUUAUAGAGAUGGAAUUCUGAAAACAUUGUUAACGUUCUGACUGCUAUGCAGCUUAAAUGUGGACUCUUUGAAAGACUAUCUCCUACUUCUUUAAUAUCCUGCCUGAUAUUUGAAGUAAACAGGAAAACACCUUCUUGAACUGGAUUAGCACGAAGACAUUUUUUAUUAAAUUUAAUGACACGACAAAUGAACCAAAUGAAUACUCUUAUCACUGUCACUUACUGAGGAUGUUUUGCUACUGUGGAGAAGGCUUCUAUCAUCAGUAGGCCACAUAUGUGACUUGUGGUCUGUUGCCAUAGGAACCAUCAUAUCCUCUCAAGCCAACAGUAGCUGCCAGUGCAGAACAUCCAGAGUUAUUUCCUGUGCCACAUCUGCCUGGCAAGAAAAAAAAACAAGAAACAUAUAUAUACACACAGAAGAAUACCAGUUAUAAGACCAUGUCUUUUGCAAAUAUUACAUAUUUUGUAUUUAUACUCAACUGUGUCUUAAAUGCUAUAGUUUUGUAAGUGUAAUUUUUUAAAGUGUGUUGAUUUUUUAUAAUAAAAUGCUUCAGUGCAAAGCCAAA